GACGCACAGAGCCACAGGUUAGCAAAGGGAGAACAACAGGCAGCAACAGGAGGACAAGCAGCGGACAGACAUGGACAGUGUGCUGGACCCUUUCUCCGGACUGGACUCUUUCUCCUCCCCUCCUUAUUUCGACGAGGACGAGUUUUUCACCGACCAGUCCUCUAGAGAUGGGCACUUGGACACGGAUGACUUUUUGGAUGACGACGUAGACUUUCUCACGAGCCAUUUUCAAGACUAUUAUAAGGAGGGCAGCAGAGCAGCGCCGCACGAUGGCGACUACGACAUCGGCAACUUGUCCUUCUCCUCCUCGUCUUCCACGUUUUCGUACGGCUGCGCGGACAGCACGCCGGAGGAGCUCUCUCCCCAGAUGGGUCACCAUCACAGCGGGCCACUGCUGAAGCGGAGGAGGCGGAUGAGGUCCGAGGUGGAGAUGCAGCAGCUGAGGCAAGCGGCCAACGUCAGGGAGAGGCGGAGGAUGCAGUCCAUUAAUGACGCCUUCGAGGGGCUGCGCUCACACAUCCCCACCCUGCCCUAUGAGAAAAGACUGUCUAAGGUGGACACUCUGAGACUCGCCAUCGGAUACAUCAACUUCCUCGCCGAGCUCGUGCAGUCUGAUCUGCCCAUCAGGACGUCCGGCAGCGAGACGCACGCGCAGCCAAAGAAAGUCAUCAUAUGUCACAGAGGAACAAGGUCUCCCUCGCCGAGCGAUCCGGACUACGGCCUGCCUCCUCUGGCUGGUCACUCCCUGUCCUGGUCGGACGAAAAACAACUUCGGGAGCAGAACAUUAUCCGCACGGCCAAGGUGUGGACGCCAGAAGAUCCACGGAAAUUGCACACCAAAGCGAGCCUCACCGAUAUAGAAAACGAGCCUCCGUUUGGCCUAGUGGCCUAAAAACAGAACUGUAACCUGGUGGCUGUUUCCGAGCUGUCCUGUAAAUUGCACUCUGUAAAUGUGAACACUGUGAAGAGGAAGAGCUCCUGUUAUUAAUGUUAAAGCACUCUGUAAAACUUACUGUACAGUUGA